CAAACACCUUUUCGCGUGCUCCUUGGGAGACUAAAACAAUAAUAGCACUUGGGGCUGUGUUGAAGGCAACACCUCGUAUAAAGAGGACAGGGACGUCCUCAGGAGCUUCUCAAUCCACUUUUCGUUUUCCUCUCCUCCGAUAAAAACAGAACGUUAAAAAAAGCACUCCUUUCUUUCUACUCGUACUUUACCCAAUUUCACAGACACUAUACUCUUCAUAGAAAGACGAGUCAUAUUCACAAUGAGAUCUUCAUUACAAAUGCGCGCGCUGGCCCUGCUGGCCUUUAUCCUCUGCUUCUUCACGUCAAUGGUCUGUGCCGACCCUGACUACACGAACAUUACCAUCCCCGAUGUCGGUGGACCCGCAGGUGCCACCAGAGGUAUUACAGUCAGCUCGUCGAUUGUCGCGAUCGUGUUGAUGGCCGCAGGCUUCUUGUUCGCGUUCUUUGGCCACAAGUUCUUCAAGAUUACUCUCUUCCUCGCCGGCUUCUAUGCCUUUGCCACGCUUGCAUGGAUUGCCCUCCGCAACCUUGAACCCUCGUUCGGCUACGGCCCUCACGCUGAAUGGGUCUACAUCGGUGUCUCAGGUGCAUGCGGCAUCAUCGGCGGCGCGCUCUUUGCCUUUUUCUGGCGCAUCGGUUUCGCCGCCAUCGGGGGCGUCGCCGGCUUCUACUUCUCGAUCUUUGUCCUCUCCUGGGCCAGUUCCGGUCUUAUCUCCAAUGGCACUGGCCGCACCAUAUUUAUUGUCGCCUGCGUUAUUAUCGGUAUCGUGCUCGCCUUCUUCCUUGAGCGCCAUGUUGUUAUCAUUGGUACCGCCAUUGUGGGUUCGGGUUCGUUCUUUGUGGGCCUUGAUAACUUUGUCCAUACAGGCUUCAAGGAGGCCUUUACGGCCUUCUUGGCGGGGAACCAUGCCGCGUUAUUUGGUGGUUACCAGGUUUCAGGACAGGUCUAUGGUAUGCUCGCGGGGACGCUUGGUAUGAUGGUUAUCGGUACGAUCUUCCAGUACUAUAUGCAUCGCGAUUCGUUCAUCCCCAAGAGUCAUCGGCCACAGCCUUAUCAGGCACAGCCCCAUUACCAGCAGGUUUAAAAAAUCGCACCAUACUUGUUACAAAUCAUCAAGAAAAUAAAAAUGAGCACUCUGUAAU